GCUUUGGAGUACAAGGACGGACGAAAAAAGCUUUUAUUGGCUGCUGCAUUCGACACCGCGCACAUCCUCCCAUUGCACUUCCAGACCGGAGGAAGCCCUUCCCUUCAUUGUCAUCAAGAUGAACUUGUCCUACUUGGUGGCGUGUGGACUUAUGGUCACGCUGCUUUCGGGGAGGAUGGGAGCGAAACCUUUAACUCAGGCACAGCAGAAGUCUCUGAGAAGUUUGCUCGGCGACGAGCUGACGGACCUUCUGGAGUCAGAGGAGCGGGACCGGCGGUUAGACGCCGUGCGCUCUCGGAUGCGCUUACUGCGAGAUUUACGCAUGGACACCCGCGCCAGAGGCAUGUGGGCUCGGCUCCUCAACGACCAGCCCGUGCCGAGGAGGCACAAAUCCGGGAGCAAGAAAGCCGGGUCCACGGCGCGGAGUGGCUGCUUUGGACACAAGAUGGACAGGAUAGGGACCAUCAGUGGCAUGGGUUGCUAGUGUUGGAACGCGCGCUUUUUUUUUGACGAUCUCCAGAGGAUGUGUUUGGAAACAUUUUGUUCUCACACAAGGGAGUUAAAAAAAAAUAAAAAUAAAAAAAAGACCUCACCAGACGGGACAGAUUUUUGGUACGAAAGUCACCAUGGCCAGCAUUAAUAGAGACUGAGAUGACAGGGCUAUACACAAGCCUCAUAUAAAUACAUGUAUAUGAUAAAUAUGCAGGUAUAUAUCCGUAGAUGUAUACCAUACAAAAUGUUCAGACGACGGUGUAAAAAAACAUUGACAAACCGCAGAUCUGUAUAUUGUUUGCUGCUGCUGUAAAUCCAUGUACUUCAUCUUCCCCUGCAUAAAUGUAUUUAUGUUAAGAACUAUUUAUAUGUUUAUAAAAAAAAAAGAGAUAUUUAUAAAUACGUUUUAUUUAUGUAACUUUUUUUUUUUUUUUUUUUUUUUUUUAAAGGACGCAAACUGCAGGUCAAUUCUGUUUGUAACUUUUUUCGUUUGUCUCAAACAGUUGUAAAUGUUUUGAACAAUGAUAAAAAAGAAUGUGCACUUAACAUGCGUCCAUGUUGUCUUUGCGCAGGUAAAAAAAAAAAAAAAGGAGUUUAUAUGAGCUUAACCCUCUUAAGUAUAUCCAGGAUGGAAAAAGUCCUCAGGGAGUUAGGAGGGUUUUCAACAAGUUUUGGAUUCAUACAUUUUAGUACUUUUUUUUUUACUACUAGUCAACUCAGUACUAAAUAUAAGUAGCUAACAUGUCAUGUUUUUUCAUCGUAACCCUAAUCAAUGCCCAUUUGGUUUAUUUUAGUCUUUUUAUUUUGAAAAUUGCAAAAAAAAGUUAUGACCAUGCAUAUAAUCCAAACUCAUUUUAGAUGGGGGGCCACAUGGAGAAGAAUCUACUCCCAAGUGGGCCGGACUGGUAAAAUCAUGGCACGAUAACUUAAAAAUAAAGACAACUUCAGAUUGUUUUCUUUGUUUAAAAAUAAAACAAGCACAUUCUGAAAAUGUACAAAUCAUAAUGUU